CCGGCCUAAAGGUCCUGGACUAGUACGGACGGGUUGGGAGCUCUCCUUCUCUCGACGACGCUGCAUCUCUGUCGCCUUCGUUGAAGACCAAAAUCUCGUCUGGCACUCACAGGAAACCAGUAAAACUUCUGGGAUGGGUGAUAGUGACUUCGUAUCCACACAUCCCCUUCCACUUUCAGCUGCAAAUGCCGUGGAUAAUGAGGAAGUCGUAAGUUUCUUUAUCCUAUACACAAUUAAUAUAUCACUUGUUUGCAGUAUGUGUUACGAUGCUUGUGUUAAUAUGUUUUCAGGCAGGCAAACGAUAUUUGGACAAAGCCAUUGUCAAUUUAAAAAAGAAGGUCAAUACGUUUUGUAGGUUGUAUGAUGCAAUCAAUCUAGUGAGGUCUAAAUUACUUCCUAAUCAGGUAGAACUGUUCAAAAAAACUGUUUUUGGGAAAUUCCUAGAUGCCAAUGAGAUGUUAUGUUUCGGGCUGCUUUUGCAUUUUCUUCUGGGUAAUAUGCUUGAUGUUGAAGGAGGCAACAAGGAGUGUCCUAGGGAUUUUGUUUUUGAAAUUGAGGGUAGGAGGGUAGUGUUCUCAAUAUCUCACUUGGCUGAAAUUUUUAGAUUCAAUGUCGUUGAUAACAUUCCUCAGGUAGAUAAUGAAGUCACUGAUAGGGGUCGUAUUUGGGAGAAAUACUUCCCCUCUUGCUCUAAAUUUGUAAAGAGGAAUGCUAUUAAGCAAGUCUUACAAUCUAUAAAAAG